AUGCAGGUUGUCAAAGUGACAGGAAGAUUCAGGGGACAGGUAGUUUCCAGGAAUUUGGAAGGAGAUAGGAGAUCUCCAACUGGGCUGGUCCCUCAGUAUAGCCACAACCUGCUGGAAGAUGCACGAGCAGAGAUCUGCAGGCUUGAGAAUGAGAUUGAGGUCCAGCGAGCUCAUGCGGAGGAGAUGGAACAAGCCAUAGAGCUCCUGCAGGAGAAACUAAGGGAAAAGGAGACGGAAUAUGAAGAAAAUCUUCUUUGCAUCCGGCAGCAACAAAUGUCUAAAAUGAGCUCACACGUCAGCAACAAUGUGGCGAUGAUUAAACUACAGAAGCAGCUGCAGGACAGAGCCAAUGCCAUAACAGAGCUCGAGGGGCAAUACCUGCAGCUACAGGAGAGUCAGAAGAAGCUGACUGCAAGUCGCAAUGCUGCCAUGGCGAAAGUGGAUGAGCUGUGGAAUCAGCUGAAAGAGGAGAGAAUGAAGAAUGUGGAUUUGGGGAACCAGCUGCAGAGCUCAGCCAUAUUGAAAAGAAACAUGGAACAGGUGAAAGAGCGGAUUUUGGAAUUGGAGCAGGAAAGAGACUUGCUGAAGGAAAAUAAUGACAAACUGUUAUCCAGUGCCUUUGAUAUAUCACAUCAACAAAAGAGGAAUCUUCAAGAGAUGCAACUAAAAUCACAGAUUACUCAGCUAGAGAUGGCACUAAAAGCCGAACUUGUGGAUAAAAAUGAAAUACUUAAACUCUCAGCUGAAAGAGAUAUAACUAAGAAGCUGACAGAAGAAAAUAAGCAGCUUCUUAUUCAGUCUUUUGAGCAGAAGCAUAAAGUGGAAGAAUUAAAUGAUUGUUUGAAACACAGUAACAAGGAGAAUGAGCAUGAGGUUACUGAGCUCACUGAGGCACUGCUGCUUAUUAAGGAGCGCAAAGCCCAGAAAAGUGGUCAGUUGGACUUCUUGAAUGAGGUGGAGUACAGUGUUGUUGAUAAAGAGAGAACCAUCAAGGAGCUGCGAGCUGCACAUGCUGAGACCAUCCAGGAGCUACAGAAGACCAGAAACUUACUGGACAUUGAGAGCAAGAUCAAUAAAGACUACAAGGUAGAGGAAGUCACAUGUAGACAGCCCAGUUGUUCUUCAAAUGCAGUUAAUGCAGAAACACUGGUCACAGACUCCCAGCUUCAGCCUGGACUGACUCUCUAUCCUCAGUCCAUCAUUUAUUAUCUAAUGUUGGGCUGCCUGAAAGGUAAAUUCUUCAAAGUGCUCAGUAGAAUCUCUUCUCUUCGAGACAGUGACAAAAUGGAGUAUGAACAGAAGUUGAAACAUCAAACCCAACUACUUGACAUGAAGGACAUUACGAUCAAGAAACUACAAGCUCAACUCAGAGAUAAUGCUUAUGGCACCAAAUCCAAUGCCUACAAACCAGAUAUUACAAGUGAAGAUGGGGCAGAUACGUUUCCUGAAAGACUUGACCUGAAGCGUGGAGAGAACCUUCUGGAGUUUCAAAUAGUCAGUGCCACACUGUCGCCGUCUGCUCUGGAGGCUUUGGCUGACUGUGAACUCACCACAUUCUUUACCUACCGCUUCUAUUUCUUUGACUGGCACUCCACACCACUGGUGACAGGCCAGAAACCUGAAUAUGGUUACACAUCUCAGUAUAUCGUUCGUAUGGAUGAACAGUUCCUCAGUUACCUUUCUAGUUCUUGUUUAACUGUCGAGCUUCAUCGGGCUAGGGGACUGGAGUGGCAGAUGCUGGCAACGGGACAGCUUCACCUUCAGCAGCUCCUCAAACAAGAUGGCAAAAUUCAUGGGACUGUGCCACUGAUCGGCAUGCUUGGUGAAGUGCAGUCUUUUGGUUCAGUGAAUUACUGGAUGAGGAUGACGUUACCUAUGAAGAACACUGUGCAGCUGUAUCAAGGCAAGAUAAAGGCUGAGCGCGGCAUCAGCGAUUCACUGAAUGAAGAUGGAGGGGUAACUCGGCUCCUGCCGUCCAGCAUCAGUUGGAACGAACUUAGCAUCACAGUGCAAAGUUGCCAAGGCCUCCAAUCCAAAAGCUUCCAGCAACCAAGCCCAUAUGUGAUCUACAAGUUCUUUGACUUCCCAGACUACCCCACUGCCACUGUUCAUAACUGCAGUCACCCUCAGUUCAACAACCAUAAGUGCUUCUCUGUCCUAAUGGAUGCAGAACUGGACCACUACUUGAAGUCUGAGGUCCUUCAGUUCUAUGUGUUUGAUGAGAAUGAAGAACAGAUGGGCACAUAUCUGGGCAAGUCCAGAGUGCCGCUGCUGCCACUGGCCCAGGAUGAUGGAAUCAGUGGUUUGUUUGAGCUGGCUGAUCCCUCUGGACAACACGCUGGUCAUGUUGAAGUUAUAUUGAAGUGGAAGUUUCCAUACUCUUUUCCAUUUGACUCAGUCACUUCUGCUGAAAAGCAUAAAUUUAUGUCCAAAGAGAAUCCCACAGAGGAACAUGCUGAGACAAAACAUAUUGAGUACAAUGUAGAUGAAGACAAAAAAGCUAAAGAAAUAAACAGCAAAGAUGUAGAAGAGACACUGCAGAAAGAGAAGGAAACCAAACAACAGUUUCAUCUGCCCACAGCUUCUAAGGCACCACUUCCAAAGCUCAGCCAGAAGACCAAGGUAAAAGAGCGACCAGCUGCCAAAAAAGUCACUUUUGGAGAUCUCACAACUGCAAACCAUCAGCUGGUCUCAGGAGUAUCUCUGACAUUCCCACUAUCACCUCAGAAUAUCACAGAUGAAGAUGAUGUUGACGAGCAGUCUCAGUUCUCUGAAGGGCAGAUUGUUACAGCAAGUUCUCAGUCAUCCUCUGACAAUUCAGAAAUUUCUGAACUUAUUCUAGAUGUUAAAGAAGUUUCAGAAGUCAUGGAAGGUCGGAGAGAAUCAAUGCAGUCUGACAGUGAUGACUGUAUCGUUUUUGGACAAGCAACGAGGAGGAAGGCCUCAGAGCGAGUACGAGUGGAGAUUGUGUCUCUGACACUGAGACCAGAGUCUCGUGUUGCCCAGGACAGCAGUGUGGUGUGUCUGUUUGUAGAGUAUUCUUUCCUGGAUCUGCCCACAGAGGAAACCCCAUUAUCACUGCCCAAACCCCAACACGGCAGCAGCAUCAACUACAACUACAGCAAAGUAAUUCCGAUGGAUAUGGAAAACAAUGGUGCCAGACGACAAUUGUUGAAGACAGUUCUGCAGGGACGCAAUAAGCAAAUGGAGAGAAUCCGGUUCACGGUGGUGAGUGAACCGCCCGAGGAGGAGCAGCAGCACAGGGAGUGUGAAGAUGUCGGGGUGGCCUUCGUGAGCAUUCCUGAAAUUCUGGAGAAACAACAGGAUUUAACAGAGACGGCUGUGAACAUACUGGAUAUAGAGGACAGCAGCGUGGUCGUCGGCAGUCUGACUGUGUCUGUGGAGGGAUUGGAGGCUCUGCAGUCCAUCAUGGAGGACCCGGACCAAGAGUGAACCUCUCCUCUUUCUUCUGCUUCCAUCAGCAUGGAGCACCCUGAGAAAAUGACCAAUAAGAACAAAGACGCUGACGUUUGGAAGCAUUUGUGUUACAAACCUGGAUUUAUUUGGCUGCCUGUGAAACAACACAUCCUGCUGUAAAUCACAUAAACACUGUUUAAGAGGACAAACGCUGAAAUAACACAGUGAUUUAAUAGCAAACAGAUGUUUGUUUUGCCUUCAGGUUUUAUUUUAGUACUUAUUUUGUUAUAGAUUUUUACUUUCAAAUGCCCUGUGAAUGUUAUGUAAUAAAUAUCCUGUCUGAAGUCAACACUGGGCCAAAUGCAGAACGGUUUUGAGCUUCUGUCAGCUGUGUUGCAGGUAAGC